GAAUCAAUCCGUAUCAUUUUAUUGGUUUAUUCUACUAUUUUCACCAAAUGUUUUUGGAAUGAUAUUUGUUGCCUAAUCGUUACCAGAAUGUUCCUUUGAUUUGUUUACUGUUACCUGAGUUCGAUUAGAAGGCUUUCGUCAAUUGACAAAAUGAAGGUUCCUCUCGAGUGUUUUUUUUUCAUUACUUUAUUUGUGUUUUGCGCCUUUUUUUCUCAUUCUUCUAACAAAGCUGGCUCCAUCAUAGCCAUAUUCAUAUUCGCACUAGGGUUUUCACUCAUCGAGAAAGUCAGUAUGUUUCUUUCCAAGUCAAAGACUAAUCUAUUCGUUACUUUCUAUGGAAUUUCGAUUACUUUUCACAACUAAGCUAUUUUUUUUUAUGGGUAAAACCGUCCUUUGAUGUAAAGGUUGCGUAAACACCUGUGUCAUUUGAAUUUCGGUAGAACGUCGAGUAAGUGGCUAUAGAACUGCCAUGACUGAAAAAUCAGGUUCUAGACGAGCAAUGUUGUCGUUCGAGUUUUCUCUUACACCAACAAACAUAGUUAUAUCAUUACUCUCAGAGGAGUUGGAAAAGUUAUAAAAAUCCCAAUGUUCCACUCAUAUUCAACAAGCUAAGACAAGAAAUGACAGGAACAUUUGAAGCAAUUGUCACAGGAGCAACUGGCAUUAAUGGUGUUGCCAUCAUUAAUCGACUCUUAGAAGAACCCAAAUGCACAAAGAUUCAUUGCGUCUCUCGUAGGCUGAAAGAACAAUUCCCUAGUAAAGUUAAGCACUAUUCAAUUGAUUUAAUUCAUUCGACUCCUGAACAGGUUGCGGAAACCCUUCUGAAGGAGGGAGUUACAAAUAUUACAUAUGCCUUCCAUGCAGCCUAUAAGGAGGAGUCGGAUGAAAGUGAAAUGUGCAAGACCAAUGGAGCCAUGCUGAAAAACUUUGUGCUUGGUCUUGAUCUGAGCAACAGUAAGUCGUUGAAGAGAAUUGUUUUAACGACUGGCCUGAAGUAUUAUGGCCUUCAAUUCGGUGCUGUACGACUUCCCAUGGAAGAAUCGGAUGGCCGUGUGCCUGAAAGCUUUUCAGGUGCUCCCAAUUUUUACUACGUCCAAGAAGACAUUCUUCGAGAAAUAAGUGCUAAAAAGUCAUGGGACUAUGUAAUUGCCAUGCCUAAUGACAUCUGUGGUGCUUCUCAAGGAAGCUACAUGAACCAUGCGUUCACGAUUUCUCUGUAUGCACUCAUCUGCAAAGAACUGAAAGAGCCAUUCUAUUUCCCUGGAAACGAAACUUUUUAUAAAGGCUUUGAUGACAUUUCCUACUCUCGUUUGAUCGCUGAUUUCCAAGUUUGGGCUGCUCAGAAACCCGAAGCCAGCAAUGAACGUUUCAAUAUUGUUAACGGAGACAUCCAUAGCUGGUCAAGAACUUGGCCAAAGAUUGCUCAAUACUUUGGUGUAGAGGUUCCUAAAAAUCAAUUUAAUAACUGGUCUUCUUUGAGCAACAAAAUGACUUUGCCUACACCUCCUCCUAUCAAGCUACACCAAGAGGAAUUGGGCCUAACAAACGUCUCCAAUAGUGAGCUAAUCAACCAUAUUUCCCUUCCCAAAUGGGUACAGCAAGACAAAGUAAAGAAGGCAUGGAAACAAAUUGCCGAACGCGAGAACUUGGAUCCUAAUCUUUUGGAUGCUGGCACAUGGGCUUUCUGUGACUUUUUGGUAGGAAGAACUUACAAUGUGGUUGCGUCCAUGACCAAGGCUCGUCAAUUGGGUUAUCAUGGAUACUAUGAUACUUUCCAAGGAUUUAAAGAGACGUUUGAUGCUUUGAAACGCGGAAAAGUCAUUCCUUCUUAAUGAUAGAUACUCUUACGAUAUUAUUUAAUGAAAUUUAUGAGAUUUCACAUACAAAACAAUAUUCGCCAGAAGGUUAACGCUAAGAA